AUGGCGUCGUCGCUCCUCCGCCUCUUGUCGACCUCGCCUUCCAGCACCGACGUCCCCCUCUCCACCCGCGAAGCCCUCUCCGGCAUCUUUGGCUCCAUUUCGCUGGCCUGCUGGAUCUUCCUGCUCGUGCCGCAGCUGAUCGAAAACUACCGCAACGGCUCGGCCGAGGCCAUUUCCCUGCUCUUCAUCUUCGUCUGGUUCCUGGGCGACAUUGCGAAUCUCGCGGGCGCCCUGUGGGCGGGGCUCGUGCCCGUGGUCGUGGCGAUUGGCGUCUACUUCUGCAUUGCGGACGGUGUCCUGAUCGCCCAGUGUCUCUACUAUGGGAUCAUGAACAAGAGGAGGGAGGGGCGAGCACUGCUGUCUGCGCGCGCAUCCGCUUCUGGUAGCAGUGGUGCUGCUGGUGCUGGUGCUGGUGUUGACGGCGGUGCCAGAGUCGACGGCGAAGCGAGUGCAGCACCUGGCGGCGAGCGGUCGAGGCAGGGGAGCUCGGAAGAGGAACCGCUCCUCAAGCGCACCCGCACGAACAGCAUGACGAUACCGGGAUCGAUGGAUAGGCGACGAAGCAGUAGCAGUCUGCGGCGCCGACGGAGCAGCUUUGCCGCCCACCACCACGACCAACUGGCGAAAAUCCUCGAAGAAAGCGACGAGGCCGGCACGAGGCUCUGGUUCAGGAAUGCAAUGAGCGUUUUGGCCAUUGGCGUCGUCGGCGCCGCCGGGUGGGCAUUGGCCUACGAGUCCGGCGCCUGGAAGCCCUCCCCCGCGUCCGGCGGUGCCGAGUCAGGAGAGAUGGCGACGGGCGCGCAGGUGCUGGGGUACCUCAGCGCGGUGGCCUACUUGGGCGCCAGGAUACCGCAGAUUGUCAAGAAUGCAAGGGAUCGGAGUUGCGAAGGUCUCUCGCUCCUCUUCUUCAUCCUGUCCUUGAUGGGCAACCUAACCUACGGCGCCGGCAUCCUCUGCCAUUCGACGGAACACAACUAUGUCGUGAAGAAUCUGCCCUGGUUGAUUGGCAGUUUGGGCACCAUGGUCGAGGAUAUCACCAUCUUUAUUCAGUUCCACGUGUAUAAGGUCAAGGAAGAGGAGGAUAACUCCGGUUCAGCAGAACAUGCCGUGAUUUAA